AUGAGCCUUUUCAAAUUAUACUCCAAUUUGUUGGUUACUCACCCUCUUAAAACUAAAAUGGCAACUGCUAGUGUUAUUUUCUCAGCAGCUGAUUUAAUGUGCCAAAAAUUUGUUGAAGAAAAAAAAUAGAUUGAUUAUAGAAGAACAUUUUGUAAUACUUUUGUUGGAGCAUUUAUUUAAGCUCCCUUACUUCACGGCUGGAUGAAUGUUGUUUUACAAAGAGUAUUAAAUGUCUAUCUUCCUAGAAUGGGCUUACUCGUAAACGCAACCAAUACCUAAAAAACUAUUUGGAGUGUUGUGUUAGAUCAGCUACUCUACUCUCCUUUUAUUCAAUUUUUCUAUUAUAUGUCUACAAACUUACUUAUCAAUGGCAACUUAGAAUCUGGAAUUAACGCUAUUAAAAAUAAAAUGCCUAAGUCACUUGUUGAUUCAUAUAAAAUUUGGCCUGCUUCUAAUUAUAUUUGCUACGGAUAUGUUCCAUUACAAUUCAGAGUCCUAUGGACUAAUUUAGUUGGAGUUGGCUGGUAAAUGUAUAUGAGCUAUUAAAAUAAUAACCAUCACCAUCACCAAAACCACAGUAAUAAAUAGGAACAAAGCUAGCUCUUAAGCGAAACCUAAUAAAAUUUUAUUCAAAACAUUGCUUAUACAAGUUCUCUUUUCUCAUUUGCAACUUAGUUCUCAAUGCAAAUAGCUUCUACUUAAACUAUGAUGCUUUAAUUUUGA